CACGAAGGAGAGACACGAGAGGAGGAGGGGAGCAGCUGUAUAAAGAGAGGCGGCUGGAGGGGAACAAAAGGCGGAGAGGCACGCCGCCGCCUCCUCCUUUCUCUCUCUCUCUCUCUUUCUCUCUUGCGCGCUCCUACUUUCACUCCCACUCCGCCUCCGCGGGCGCUUCCUUCCCUUUUUCCCCGGGUCGCCUUUCGCCCUCCGCCUCCCACUGAAUCCCGUGACGGCUCCCCAGCCAGGCACGCCCUGCCAAGAAAGAGAAGGCGAAGCGAAGGCAAAGGCAGCAGCAGCAGGAGCCGCAGCGGCGCCGCCACGGAGCCUCGUCGCACGUGGGCUCGGACGCCCUGCGCGCGGGGCAGGAGGCAGGAUCCGGAGGCCGUUGCCUCGCUGCCGGGCUCUUCUCUCUCUCAGCCUCCGAGAUGGGCUCCACGGAGGAGCUGCUCUGGCUGCCCCCGCCGGAAUGUGUCCUGGGGAAGGAGUGGGAACGGGAGCCGGCGCCAUCGCGCCCCUCGCCCUCCCUCGUCAUUGCGAAAGGAAAAGAUCGGAGGCAAAGGAGGAAGCAGCAGCAGCAGCAGGAGCCAUGGACUCCCGAGGAAGAAGAAGAGGAGGAGGAGGAGGAAGAGCGGCUACCCCAACAGCAGGUUCAGCAAGAAGAAAGGGAUAAUAAUGUUGAAUCUGCUACAGAUGACUAUAAAAAGAUGGGAACUCUUUUUGGUGAACUCAACAAAAGUCUCAUCAGCAUCGGCUUCACAAGGAUGUAUUUUGGUGAACGCAUCGUGGAGCCCGUAAUUGUCAUGUUCUUCUGGGAGCUGCAUGCAGUAUGGUGGAAAUGGAUGAAGACAGCCAUGAAAUGGGCAAUCUCCCAUGUAUGUGACUAUACUCAAAGGAAUCUUUGAACCACAAACUAAUAACAAACUCAUGGAAUUGGCCGGGUUCUGAAAUGCUGCCAUACACCAAUGUUAAAUUAUUUCUUUAAAAAAAAUUGUACUUUUCAUAACAUUCAAUCAUUUGUUUUUUUCUAAUAAAGCAUCCUCUGAGUGCUCAAA